AUGACGCGCAGAUACUCGUUUGGCGUAGUUGCGGCUACGACCUUGGAGGUUUGGGUUGGGCCGGCGCCUGUGGAGGUGGUGGUUCUCGAGGAGGUGGAGGAGAUGGACGAAGCAGAGGAAGUGCUCGUGCGGAGUGUUGUCGAAGUUGAGAGGGUCAGAGAGGAGGAAGAGGUGGAUGAGGUGGUGAUUGAAAUGAGUGUGGUUGAGGAUGAUAUAAUUCGAGACGAAGAGGAGGAGGUAGUGAUAGGUGCAGAAGUGGAUGAAGAAGAUAGAACUCGAGACGAGGAGGAAGAGACAGUUGACGAUGUGCUUGAAGCGAUUGAAGCUGUACUUGACGCUGAACUGGAGGAGCUUGAUGAUGAAGUUCUUGUCGAUGAAGAUACAGAAGAUGUUGGUGUGGCGCUUGUGGUUGCGGAUGCAGAUAAAGAGGAGGUGCUAGUCGCUGUUGCAGAGACAGAGCUUGAGGAUGAGCUUGAACUUGUUGACGCACUGGUAGCCGGAACGCUUGAGCUUGCAGAGGAUGUAGAAGCUGUUGGUACAGAUGAUGAAGAUGUGGAUGGUGCGGAUGAGGUAGCUGAGGAUGAGGUAGUUGAGAGUGAGGUAACUGAUGACGAGCUGGUCAAGGUGGCUGAAGUAGCUGAAGUUGAGGUAUCUGAGGAUGAGACGACCGAGGAUGAUAUAGCUGAGGAUGAAGUAGCCGAGGAAGAUGUAGCUGAGGACGAGAUAGCGGAUGAAGCAGCUGAAGAUGAAGUAUCCGAGGCAACUGAUGUAGACGAGCUUGAGCUUGUAGCAGAUGUUGAAGUUGUGGCCACCGCCGAUGAGCUGGAUGAUGUUGAGUCCACAGUAGAUGCAGAGGUACUUAAUGUACUGCUCAAAGAAGAAGUAGCUCCAGUAAUCUUGUGA